UGCCACGAACGUCAGGCAGCAAUUUCCAAAUAUGUGAGAGCUCACAUGAAAUAACGAGCGAGAGCGUCACAUCAUAUGUUUGAAUGAUUCCUCGAGGAUGUGAGAGUCACGGAUGCGGCGAUCGAUGAGUGUUUCUGUCGCAGGCUCAAACAGACGAUGAGAGUUGACGAGACCCACGGCUCUUGGUGAUGACGCGGUCCCGCUAUGGGGCUCCCGUGAAUGGCCCGGGCGUCCAGUAUGUUGACUGCCUGUCAGCAUGACGCCGUUGGACCUGUGGCUUUCGCGCUCCAUCCCCAUGUGUCUGCUGCUGCAGAGCCUGGUGCUCAUGGUCCUGUGCUUUCCGUCUGCCAGCACCUGUCCCAAGGGUUGCACCUGUCAGCGCUCCGAAAGCCCUCCGCACGGCCUCAACGUCACCUGUAGUCUGUCACGCUUGAAGGAGAUCCCGCCCGACGUCCCCCCAGACACCCAGCUGCUGCAGCUGGACCGAAACCACAUAUCUCUGGUGCCCGAUCGCAUAUUUCAUGGCUUGAGGAUGCUUCGGAGGCUCAAUCUCUCCCAUAAUGCAGUGGAAACCCUCGGUGAGGGGGCGUUCGUCGGAUUGGAGGGCUCUCUGGAAGUGCUGGACCUUUCCCACAACCGAAUCACUAGCGUGCACAAGGACGCGUUCGCACGGCUGAAGGCACGUGUGAUGGUGGACAACAACCCUUGGCAUUGCGACUGCGCCCUGCAGCAGGCGCUGGGUGGCAUGGCGCACAACCAUGAGGCUGCCACACGCGUGCUGUGCCGUAGUUCAGAGCUGAGGGACCAAGAGGGCCAGCCAUUCCUGGCCGUGGAUGCAGACUUGUGCAACCUGGCCAAGCGGACCACCGACUACGCCAUGUUGGUGACCAUGUUUGGCUGGUUCGCGAUGGUUAUCUCUUAUGUUGUCUACUAUGUACGGCAGAACCAAGAAGAUGCAAGACGACACCUUGAGUACCUGAAAUCGCUUCCUAGCAAGCCCAAGAAACCAGACGAUCCGGAGGACAUCAGCACGGUCGUGUGACGUUACAAAGUUCACACGAUCCCAGAGACUAAAGGCCCGUUCACACCAAGAAUGCUAACUAUAACGCUAACUAUAAGAGAACAUGGAAGUUCGCACCACAGCUACAACGAUAACGGCAUUGAGGAGCUAUAUUGUUAGAACAGUGUUUUCCAGGUGAAUGAUAAAAGCAUCUACAGGCAAUCAGAACCCAUCCGGCUUUAAAGAGCUUGAGCAUUCAAAACUGCAGCGCGCCCUUAUAAUAUACAGAACGUUAUCGUUGGUGUGGAUGCUAAUAUGGUUAUCGGUAUAGUUAUCAUUCUUGGCGUGAACGGCCUUAAACCAGGAUGUUGAUUAAUCUGACACGAAUCGUAAAUGUCGUCUAGCGUACUACACCUGUCUUCUCUUUUUCCAAUGUGCUUUCCUGUUUCUGAGUAUGUAUUUAGAACAAUUUGUGAUACACUCCCAACACUUUGUCCUUACGAGAGAGAGAGUCUUUUAAGCGCAACGUCCAGGUGGCAUUAAAACAAUCGCAAAGUUGUCCUUUUAAACGUGGUCCAAUCCCACCUUUAGAGCGAGAACUUGUUUUCAGGCUUUUUUUUUAACUAGAUGGAACAGAUCAUUAAGCGGCGCUAAUGACCAGUACAGGUAUUUUGAGAAUUCAAAUCUCAGGUGCAAAUGUUGAUAGACUCCAAUGAUUUGUAAAAACCCUACGAUGUUUUGAUGCUACCAAGUUUUGUAAGACAAACGAUAAUCCAGGCAUGUGCACAUUAGCUACAAUCGCGAAUCAUUUUGCGGCCUUUUAAAGGCGUGGUGUACCCUUUAUUAGUGAAACGACGGGACAUUUCUUCCAACAUUCUAAAACUGUUAUUGUAAUCCUGUGCAUUUUUCGGUUUGUUUUUGCGUUAAAACUCGUGCACAUUAAAUUGUGAAUCGUUGAGUCGUAGAGCACAGCAGUGCUGGUGUGGUGCUUGUCACGUGAUUCUCGGAACUGUAGUCGAGGGACGUAGUCGAUACCUCCAUCCGAGUCUUUUGUCGGUAAUGUUACUUGUGAGGCUCUUUGUCGAUGUCGUAACUCACCGUGCGUAAAAAGAGGCUCCCGAGCCCUGUGUUAGUCAUCGUGUAGUCUACGAGAUGGCCAGUGUGUUUUCGUAAACGUAAGGUUCCAUCCCUGAAUCCAAACUCUUGACGUCCAGGACAGAAAAUAUACAUCCUGAUGGGGAACUUCAGCUUCCCCUUGCACUGUGGCGGUAGGGCCAUUAGCGCUCAGUGAUAUUAUUGUGUGUGCACAGUAAUUCAGGCCGGUCGCAAGCAGAAAAUUACAGCUGUCACUCUGUUACUGGUCUUAUUCUUACGGCUGACUGCCGAGUCCAGCAAAGCAAAGCCCUGGGGAGAGCUAGAGGAUAGAAAGACGGCAGGAGAAGAGAGGAAAUGGAAAACAGGAUGCUGGGAACAAGUUCUGGAGGAAAUCAGGGCCCUUAUGAAAAUGGAUUGUGGUGGUACCAUGAUAUAGUAAGUUUCAGAUGGCUUUCAUAUAUCAUUGCAUUCACUUGAUCCAAAUAUACUGUGGUAUUUCCAUGAUUACCAUGUCCAAAAGUGGUUCGUACCAUAGUAAUGUCCAAAACAAAUGGUAUUAUGAAGGAUUCAACCAUAUUCAAGAUAGGGGAACCAAAUGUAAAAUGUAGAGCACUGAUCAUUGGGAAUAAAAUCAGAAUAUAUUAGUACCAUCCACAAAUUGGAAAUACUAAUGUAGUUUUUAAUUCAAUGGUAUUGUCCAAAACAUGGUAUUAUGAUGGAUGCAACCAUAUAUAAUAAAAAUGGGGGACUAAAUGUAAAAUGUAAAGCAUUGAUCAUUGGGGAAAAAUUGCCAGUCAGAAUAUUAGUCCCCUGUGCACAAAUUGGAAAUACUAAUGUAGUUUUUGAUACCAUGUUAGUGUCCAAAAAACAUGGUACCAAAACAUGCAACCAUAUAUAUUCAAGAUUGGGGGGCAAAAUUUAAAAUGUAAAGCAUUGAUCAUUGGGGAUAAAAUUGCCAUCAGUAUAUUAUUAGUAACAUAUCCACUAAUUGGAAAUACUAUGGUAGUUUUGUGAGUGGAAUGAGCAUUGUUUCUUUAUUGUAACUUCAUUGUUGUGUAUCCAGUGAAGUGCUUUUUUAAAAAAAAAACUUUUUAAACGGUAAUUAAAUUCCAAAGUUGGUGCCGUUAUAAUAAUGACGUUUGAUCGUGGCUUUAACAUCGGUCCAUCAGAAACAUUAGGAGAACUUUAGAAGAGCAUUAGGAGAACGCUAACCCGACUUCACUGUAGAUAAAGAGCUUGUCGUUUGCGUAGGAAGGUACCUGAAAUCCCUUUAAAGAAUCGUGUUUGAAUGUACUUAUAUAGUCUUUUGCCUUGUCUAACUGCGGUUGUACUACACGCUGUAUUGUGCUGGGAAAGAAAGCCGUUUCUCAAUGCAGACUCCACAGUGAAGCACGCUGUAGCCAAGGACACGGGGGAGAGAUUUUCUAAGUGCCUGAAAUACUCGUCUAUAAGUCUGUCAUUCUUCCAGCUACCGAUAACUUUGCUUUGAAACGUUUCGUUCGGUCUCGCCUAACUCGAGUUUACUUGGCCUCAAGCGGGAUGUUUUUACUGCACAAAGAUGCUGGAAAAUCCGAAUGAAGUUAAUGAAGUACUGGAGGUCUUCUAGAGUGACACUGAUACGUGACGUUGUUCUUCCUGUUUUCUUAAGGCCUUUUCACAUGAUUUGUGUCACGGCUUCAAUGCUGUGCGAUGUUCUGGCCUCCACGUGAAAAGCUUUGCUGAUUGUUUUGCUGAAGGCCGAUUUGACAAGGUUGCAAAAAAGCAUGAACUGUGGAAAUAGUGAAAAUAUCUGAUCUUAGAACAGAAGGUCCUAGCGUUUGAUAAGAUGCAUUGGAGAAAGGAAACAAAGGCAAGUCUAACUUUUUCUCUGAAUGUCAUGAUAUGCAUUCAAUGUUCCAGAUCCAGAUAUGCACAUCAGUCUAUCGUCCAUCUUGUUUUUCAAAUACAAUCUUUAAUGCCUGGGAUUGUGUCUCAUUGCACUGCAUUUUUGCAUUCAGUGAGGACAGAAAAACUACUUGCUGUUAGAAACUUAUUGCACCUGCUCAGGACGCGGUUUAAUGCUGUAGUUUGACGCUUCGCUGCAUUGAUUUUGAUGCAUUGGGGAACCGAACGUGAAUCAUGUGAAAGGGCUUUUAUUGGAAAAAAGUAGAGGAGAGUUGCGGCUUCCUAUGUUAGUUAGGUUUUUUUUUUUUAAGGUAAUUUCUUUAUCUUUGUGUACCAUUUUUUGCUUGGUAUACAUGAAACUGACUUCUGCUCAAAAGUGUGACAUACCUUGAAGACGUAAAACUGGAGGAGGACCAAUGGUACAUCACAUUGUAAAUGCAUG